AUGGGAGUGAGUCUUGGCCCAAGAAGACUCAGCAAGGAUCCCAAAAGGAAGAAAAGGGGCGCAACAGCAAACCCAGGCUUGCUGUUCGACAAGUGUCGAUUAGAGAACAUCUUAGGUGUCGGAAAGGUGACCAAGGCGGUUUCAAAGGAGGAGGGUCACGGUGUACCGCCUUCCUUCGACAAACUUGCCGAUCGGUGCUGGGUCACUUCGGCGACGAAAAAAUCAUGGGUCUCGGUCAUGGAUGCAUUGUGUCACGGGUCGCACAUAGACAAGUGCUACCAUGACUCCGUUGGGACAUCUGUGCACUUAAAAGGUAGUCUAAGUGUGGAAGAGCGAGAGCUUAAGAGCUAG